GCGGGGGAGCGAUGGUCGCAAGAUGGCGGCGCUAAAGGAGGCGCGGAGCUACGGGCUGUCGUGCGGUCGGGUCAGCGACGGCAGCAAGGUGUCCGUGUUCCACGUGAAGCUCACCGACAGUGCCCUGAGGGCCUUCGAGAGCUACCGAGCCAGCCAGGAGUCUGUUUCACUGAGACCAUCAAUCCGAUUUCAAGGAAGUCAAGGGCACAUCUCCAUCCCCCAGCCUGACUGUCCCACAGAGGCACGGACAUUCUCCUUCUACCUCUCCAACAUUGGCCGUGACAGCCCCCAGGGCAGCUUCGACUGCAUCCAGCAGUAUGUCUCCAGCCAUGGGGAUGUUCACCUGGACUGCCUGGGCAGCAUCCAGGACAAAAUCACGGUGUGUGCUACCGACGACUCCUACCAGAAAGCACGGCAGAGCAUGGCACAGGCCGAGGAGGAGACGCGGAGCCGUGGUGCCAUUGUCAUCAAGGCCGGAGGCCGCUACCUGGGCAAGAAGGUUCAGUUUCGGAAACCAGCCCCGGGGGCCACGGACGCUGUGCCCUCCCGGAAGCGGGCAACCCCCAUCAACCUGGCGAGUGCCAUCAAGAAGAGCAGUGUUGGUGGCAUUAGCGGGGGCAGUGGGGUGUCUCAGAGGCCUUUCCGCGACCGGGUGCUGCACCUCCUGGCGCUGAGGCCCUACCGGAAGGCCGAGCUGUUGCUGCGGCUACAGAAGGACGGCCUGGCCCAGGCGGACAAGGAUGCGCUGGAUGGCCUCCUCCAGCAGGUGGCCAACGUGAAUGCCAAGGACGGCACAUGCACGUUGAAGGACUGUGUGUAUAAGGAUGUGCAGAAGGACUGGCCUGGCUACUCGGAAGGGGACCAGCAGCUGUUGAAGCGGAUGCUUGUCCGGAAGCUGUGCCAGCCGCAGAGUGCCGUUGGGCUCCCUGGAGACCCUGCUGCCACCAGUCCUCCCAGGGAACAUGGAAGCUCGGCCUCACCCCCUCAGAAACGAUCACAGCCUCCUGAUUUCACCGACUCCUUGGUCAGCAAGAAAACCAGGAUAUCCCAUUUUACCCAGAGAGCUCAGCCUGCCGUCAAUGGGAAGCUGAGUGCACCCCAUGGCCGUGAGGCCCUGCUGCCCACUCCGGGCCCACUAGCUGGCACAGAUGCCCACCUGCCCCCGCGGUUGGAGCCCCCGAGAGCCCAUGACCCUCUGGCUGACGUCAGCAAUGACCUGGGCCACAGUGGCCGGGACUGUGAGCACGGGGAAGUGGCCACCCCAGCCCCAACUACGUGCCUCAGCUUGCCCCUGCUGACGGACUGUGCCCAGCCCAGCAGGCCCCAUGGUGGCUCAUCACGCAGCAAAUCCAAGAAGAAGUCCAAGAAGCACAAAGACAAGGAGAGAGCAACUGAGGACAGACACCGGGCCCGGUUGCCAGACCACAUGCCCAGCCCCCUAGGAGCCCCACCAGAUGCCCCGGGUUUGAACGGGACCUGCAACAGCUCAAGCGUCCCCACAUCGACCUCAGAGACCCCCGACUACUUGCUAAAAUACGCCACCAUUUCCUCCUCGGAGCAGCGCCAGAGCUACAAGAACGACUUCAACGCGGAGUAUAGCGAGUACCGCGACCUACAUGCGCGCAUCGAGCAGAUCACACGGCGCUUCACGCAGCUGGACGCCCAGCUCCGGCAGCUCUCCCAGGGCUCUGAGGAGUAUGAGACUACUCGGGGGCAGAUUUUGCAGGAAUAUCGAAAAAUCAAAAAGACCAACACCAACUACAGCCAGGAGAAGCACCGCUGCGAGUACCUGCACAGCAAGCUGGCCCACAUCAAGAGGCUCAUUGCCGAGUACGACCAGCGGCAGCUGCAGGCCUGGCCCUAGCCUGGGGCCACGGGGCAGGAGGUCCUGCUUGGCUCGCCAGGCCAGCUCCCCUUGCUGGGCUGACCGUUCUGGAUGGCGGGG